UAUCUUUGCUCCUCGAUUGUAACAGAUAGGGUGUCAUUGAUGGCAAUGGAGGAAGGUAGUUGGAACCAUCUGCCAAGUGUCAUUUUGUUAGAAGUUUUCACUUAUUUGUCUCAAAAAGAGAGAAUUAGAGCUUCGUCGACGUGUAAGCAAUGGCGAGGUACACUGUUUCAUUCCAGCUUCUGGCCUACAGUCCAUUUUAGGCUUAAAACUAAAGAUGAAGAUAGUGUGUUACGAACUCGGUACCAGCUUAAACAUUUUGCAACGAAAUUGCGUAAUGCUACAAUCAGCUUUGACGCAAUGGAUUUGAUUUGUGUACAGGAGGCUGCAAGAAUAAUACAAACACUUCGUAAGAAUGAAUCUCUUCGACGUCUUUCCUUACAGCCAAGUCAUUGCAGGUUUGAAGUUCCUGACAGAUUUGCUGGUGAUAGGAUAACUUUUAUCGAAAGACACUUUAUGAAGCCAUUACAACAGCUGAUGCAGAACUGCCGCAGUAUUGAGUUUCUAGAUUUGGGUUGCUUGGAGGAGAUAUGCCAACACGCAUCAAAGCUUACGUAUAUCUUGGGUCAGAAUCAUGCCCGUUCUCUUCAUCAUUUGAGGCUCGCCUCAAUCAAGGAUGAUCCUGAAUGCUACCUUCUGGAUGAACUGCCUCCAGCACUCUUUCGGCCCUUCCAAAUGUUACAGGUGCUAAGUGUUGACUACGACUAUUUGAGUGAUGAAAUGUUGCCAGUCAUCAGCAACCUUGGUCUUAGGCAGUUUAUAAUCCAUGUUCAUGGAGUUGAAGAGGACCAUCCUGGUAUACCUGAUUCAGCAUGGGCUGAAUUUGCAAAUCACAACCCUUCAUGUGAAGUACAUCUCAUCCUCAUUCAUGCCUAUGAUGCUGUGGAAAUUUUGGAUUCGACCAUUUUCAGGCCGAACAUGCCACUUUCAUUCUUAAAAGUGUUCUUUUGUGAGAAUAUGAAUUACACAGCACUGCAACGGAUUUCACUCUGGUACUAUAACACUCUGCAAUCGCUGUGGUGGAUUGACUCAAUCGGUGCAACUUCCAACAGCUUCUGCCUUGUAGAGCCAUCUGUGGAACCUAUUGCUCAGCCUGAUCCCCUGGUAAUGAUGGCUUGGCGGUGUACCAAACUGAAGGAGCUGGUCUUCCUCGGCUACAAGUAUUAUGAGGAUGACUUGAUUGCCAUAGCAAGGCUGAGAGGUAGUGGAUUGCAGAAAUUUGAAAUCCACGCACAAGACAUUUUGCGCGUGUCUGAUGUUCCUGAUGCCCUGGAAUUUGAAAUCAGCAGAGAAUUGAAGAGAACCUGGGCCCCACUGGACGAUGUUACAUUACCUGAGGUUAUACUCAACCCUAUCCUGGGGGAUUCUGAUGAGUACAUCCUGCAGGUACUGAGAGAUACUGAAACAGCGUAAUGAAACUAUUCUUGUAGGAAAUCUCAGCUCAGCUAAUAUUCUGUGAGUAGAAUAUGCAUACUGUAGCAAGAGCACCUCAUGCAUCUAGGCAUUUACUCUGCAGCAUUACUUAGUGGUCAACACAAACUGCUCACUGCAAGAAUCUGUAAUCCGCUGUCAAAUAUGAGCUGCUGCAGAUACAAUGUGGUAUAUCUUUUAAGUAAAUUUAAAACAUUUACUCUGUGGUCACUUGGAGCAAAAUAUUUUAUUGUCAAGAAGAACAAUACAGUUCAGUUUUAUUGGUGAUUAUAUCGACAGGAGUCAUUUGAACUGGUUGUGAAUAGGGCAUAAAGCUUACACGCAUGCCUGUCUAUCUGAUGAUUUCCUGAAAGCAACUUUUAUUUGUUGUGGAGGCUUCCUGGUACAAUCUGUGAUAAAUUUAAAAUGGUCUACAUACUUUCCCAUUUAAUCGACAAAUAAAAAUUGUUAAAACUUACAGGUCUCGGUAUAUGUAUGGGACACAGAAUUUUAUGUUGAAUACAGUGUUAUGGUUAUUUAUGUAUUCCUACACGACCAAUUUUGUCACCUGUAUCAGAAAAGUGUACAGAGUCAACUGAGAUGAGCUACAAUCAAUGUAUAGCAUCUGAAACAUUUUAUUUGUUUGUCUCAACUGUUUUAAGUUAAAUGACUGUGGUAAUGUUUGCCAGGGUUCCAGGUGUAAUUAUUAAAGCAGUUAACUUGUAUGUGCAUAACUUGAGCACAUAGCCUUCUCUCUCCUGUUUUGUUUUGCAUGCUAUAAAUAUAAGCAUGUCAUUGUACUUUUUAUAUCUUCAUCAGACCUGUUUUGCAGAAGAUAUGUGCAUUCCUUGGGGAAGAUAUUUAAAGGCUUAGGAAGUGAGCAGUUAUUUAUUUACAACCACUAGUCUAAAUGAAGAAAGAUGUAGUGAAAUGUACUUUUUUAUGGUGCUGUGCCUGAGAUUUUGAAAGAUAACCACUAAGCCAUUAAUGUUAAGUUGUUGGGUUCAGGAGCCAGUUAAAAGGAGGGUGUAUAAUAUAUCAUUCCAAUAAUCACCGAAGACUUAUGUAAGCAGUUCUGUGCAAGUUUGAGAACAUUUUGUACACUAUAUUAGUGAAGGUGUGUGGAUUAAUAUUGUAAAACAAAUGCACAAAGACUGUUUCAUUUUGCCAGCUAUUAAUAUUGAGUCUGUGCAAUGUGACAAAGGUAGUCACAAAAUUAUACUGUUGGGAUCAAUGUAGAUGUUUUUGACACUUGGGAAGUCUGCAUUAAUAAUAUUUUGAGAAAUGUCUUAGAUUAAAUAUAGUUAACAUGAUUGCCUAUGUCAUUCAAGGCAUUGGGUGUAUAACAUCUGUGAUAUCUUAGGAAUUAGAGUUCAACAGCAAACUAAUGGGGUUGCAAGAUGUCCCCUUCCUAAUAACAUUAAGUCACGUCCAGAGCUGUAAGGUGCAUACUAUGAAUAAACGUAUCUGUAGUGUGUUUGAUCGUUAUCGUUUCCUAUUUUGAUGUCCUUUACAGUUAUAUAUUUUUAAUUGAUGCAGUUUGUUUAUGAGAUACUGUUUGUAAACAACAGUUGUGAAGUUCCACAUGCCUCGGAUGCAGCUUUUAAAGUAGUUGUAUGUGUGUUGAGUAUAAAAGUGCUUUUAAUAUUGUGUAGUAAUAAGUGUAUUGGAAUACAGAGAUGUGGAAACAUUAAAGUUUGGAGAUUAUAAGAAAUAGGUUUUAAAUAGAAAUUGUAUGAUGCAAGUGCUCUCUUCCUGCUGGCUGCCCAUUAUAGAAUCUCAGGAGACACCUGAUUGUUACAUCUAGUCAGGAAAUGCUGGAGGCACACUACAUAAUGGAGAAAAUAUGACUCAUUUACAUACAUACAUACAUACAUACACAAUUAGAUUCAAUAAAUAUUGUUGCAAACUGUACUAAAAAAAAUGUAGACUGCUGAGGUUAUACACAAGUAAUGUGUUCUUUCCAAGAAAGACUGAUUUAUUAUAUUAAGAACCAUGGUUUGAUAAGAAUUAGAAAACAGCAACUAGAAAUUGCCUACACCUGUACCCAUUCCUAUAAAAUGUUACUGAUUUACUUUGAGAAAAAGUACUGAAAAUGAAUUUACUGGUGUUGCUCAUAUAAGUUAAUAGCUUAAUUUAGUUCAUAUUAUCACCCUCCAUUACAUUUCAUUUAUAGGGCUAAGAAUCAAUACUGGUUUGUAGAACAUCAGAGCUCAGCUAUUGUCUGCCUAUUGCUGAAGAUAAGAUAUUCAUUUAUAAAAGUAUAAAUUUAAUGUUGCAGUGUUUCCACUUGUUCCAAAGUAUUGAAGUG